AUGUCUUUGGUUGCACCUAAUUCCUUGACAAAUUUGUCCUCUUCCUUGACAUUGCUUUCACUUGUGGGUUGUGGAUUGCAAGGGGAGUUCCCACGUAACAUCUUUCUUCUACCAAACCUAGACUCCCUCAUUUUGGCAGACAACGAAGGCCUCACUGGCUCUUUUCCUUCCUCCAAUGUGAGUAAUGUCCUCUGGCAGCUGGUCCUUUCUGAUACAAGAAUUUCAGUACAUUUAGAAAAUGACUUCAUCAGUAAGCUCAAGUCGUUAGAAUAUAUGUGGCUUCGCAAUUGUGACAUUCGAAGGACAAAUGUAGCUCUGCUUGGUUAUUUGGACCUUCAUAACAAUCAUUUCAUAGGCCAUAUAAGUGAAUUCCAACAUAAUUCGUUGGAAUACCUUGAUCUGAGCAAUAAUCACUUCCAUGGUCCAGUCCCAAGCUCAAUUUUCAAACAAGAGUAUUUGGAAGUCCUUAUUCUUGCGUCCAACAAUAAACUGACAGGUGAGAUUUCUUAUUCUAUAUGCAAGCUGAAAUACCUUGAAAUCCUUGACCUGUCCAACAACAGUCUGAGUGGUUCUAUUCCACAAUGUUUGAGCAACUUCAGCAACACUCUCUCAAUUUUGCAUCUAGGCAUGAACAAUCUUCAAGGCACUAUCUCUUUAGCAUUCUCAGAGGGGAAUAGCUUGGGAUAUCUCAGCCUCAAUGACAACGAAUUGGAAGGGGAAAUACCAUCAUCUAUCAUCAAUUGCACAAUGUUGGAAGUUCUUGAUCUUGGCAACAAUAAGAUUAAGGAUACAUUCCCCCAUUUCCUAGAAAGGCUUCCAAAGUUGCAGGUUCUUGUUCUAAAAUCCAAUAAACUCCAGGGUUUUGUGAAGGAUCCGACUACUUAUAAUUCAUUCUCUAAAUUACAGAUUUUUUACAUCUCCAGCAAUAAUUUGAGUGGACCAUUACCAACAGGGUUUUUCAAUAGUCUUGAAGCAAUGAUGACCUCGCAUCAAAAUAUGAUUUACAUGACAUCAAACAAUUACUAUGGUUUUGCCGAUAUUUAUGCCUAUUCCGUAGAAAUGACGUGGAAAGGAUUGGAAUUUGAGUUUGUAAAAAUUCAAAGUAUCCUCAGAGUACUUGAUUUGUCAAGUAAUAGUUUCACUGGUGAGAUUCCAAAAUUGAUCGGAAAGCUUAAAGGACUCCAACAACUUAACCUCUCUCACAAUUACUUUACUGGUCAUAUCCAAUCAUCAUUGGGAAUUUUGACCAAUCUAGAAUCAUUAGAUCUAUCUUCAAAUUUGUUUACUGGAAGGAUUCCUAUACAGUUGGUAGAUCUAACAUUUCUCCAAGUCUUAGACCUUUCACAUAACCGGCUUGAAGGACCCAUACACAAAGGAAAGCAGUUCAACACGUUUGAUCAUCGCUCAUUCGAAGGAAACUCUGGUUUGUGUGGAUUUCCAAUGCCAGAAGAAUGUAGCAAUGGCGAGGCACCACCAUUACCACCAUCAAUGAUUCAACAUUGCUUGAAGAUGGGUUUGGAUGGAAAGCUGUGGCAAUUGGGUAUGGAUGUGGGUUUAUGUUUGGGGUCAUAA